CUCAAUAUCCGAGGGAUUUUGUCGUGGUACGAUGUACAAAUCUGCAGUGAUUCUCGUUGCGCUGAUUGGAACGGCAUGCGCAUUUCCACCCGCCGACAUCCUGCGAAAAUCGGUAGCCGAGGAUAACGUCGAUGAAAAGGCUCCGGAAAUCCCGUCGCAAGGAUCGGAAGUCGAAAAUCAGAGGGAAGAUGAUGGCGUCCGGGAGUCCGACAAGAAAUCGACCUCCGAAUAUCGUCUUUUUACCGCUACUAUGACGAUUCCGGAAUUCAUGACGGUGACAGCAAUACGAUCCGAUCAAAGUGCCGAGGAGAAUGAAGAGCCAAAAACGUCAUGCGCCGAGGGUGACGCGUCCUGCGAUUCUCUUGAUGAAAAUAGACCACGUCAGAAAAGAACUAUCGGAUUGUUCCCGUUGAUUUCGAUACCAAAUUUUUCGAUCAACAACGUGGGAUUAUCACAAAAUUUCGUUAGUUAUAAUAUCUUGAAUCUCAACAAUCAAGUGGUAUCAUAUCAGCAAACUGUUAUAUACAAAUAA